UAAAACUGGUAACACCAUAAAAAUCUAUCAAACCAAAAACUGAUUGCCACCUUCUCUUUUGCUUUGACAUUUCGUUCAAGCAAACGUCUAUUUACGGCAAUACACGUUUCGUGUCUUUACGACUUAAAAAAUGCGUUACGUGGCCGCGUAUUUGUUAGCUGUGCUGGGAGGCAAGGCAGCACCCGCCGCUGCUGACUUGGAGAAAAUCCUCAGUUCCGUUGGUAUUGAGGCUGACUCUGACAAGCUGAAGAAAGUCAUCGACGAACUCAAUGGCAAGACCGUUGAGGACUUAAUCGCGCAAGGUCGCGAGAAGCUGUCGUCGAUGCCGGCGGGCGGCGCGGCCCCGGCUGCGGCCGCUGCGGCGCCGGCUGCUGCCGCUGCUGAGGAGAAGAAAGAAGAGAAAGAGACCAAGAAAGAGGAGUCGGAGUCUGAGGAUGAGGACAUGGGCUUCGGUCUUUUUGACUAAACUUUUAAAGAUGUGCAGUGCACGCGGUUUUUAUUCCAUUUAAUGGUGUAAGCGUAAAUUGACGGCAAGUUUGUUUCUGUGAAAUAUAUCUUGCAAGAAAA